CAUUACCAUCAAAGAAUUCAUUCAUUCACAUUCUCUCCAAACUCUUUCCCUUUCUGCUCUCUUCCACAUCACCAUUCUCGAUCGCCCACACUCUUCUUCUCCUUUCCCACCGAAACCUUUUUCCUAUAAACAAAACAGAGUCUUUUUGCUUCAUUUCCAUGGCAAGUUUUCUCUUCCAACCGUACAGUUAUGAGUAGCUUCUAGAGAAGGACUCGACUAUAUCUAUAUAUUUUUAAGUUUUCUUUCUGGGUUUUCUUUUUCUUUUUGUUUCGAAGAAUGGGGAACUGUUGUUGUUGUUGCAGAAGGGAGCCUUCGGUUAACAGAGUAUCAUCUAAUGCUAAGUCAGAGUCUCCAAAAGACCAGAGUCCCUCAGUUAAAUCUAGAAAAGAAGUUAGAAAGUUACCAUCAAAUCCUGAAGAAGUCGAGAGCUUGCGCCGCGAUUCAGCACUGAAUCCGUUGAUUGCAUUCACAUUCAAAGAAUUAAAGUUAAUGACUGAUAAUUUUAGACAAGAUUACAUGUUGGGUGGUGGAGGUUUUGGUAGUGUUUAUAAAGGGUUUAUAACUGAGGACUUAAGAGAGGGCCUGACACCUCUUCCGGUAGCUGUAAAGGUUCAUGAUGGCGAUAACAGUCAUCAAGGACAUAGAGAAUGGCUGGCAGAAGUUAUAUUCUUGGGGCAGCUUUCACAUCCGAAUUUGGUAAAACUUGUUGGUUAUUGCUGCGAAGAUGAACACAGAGUACUAAUAUACGAGUACAUGUCUCGUGGAAGCGUGGAGAACAAUUUGUUUUCAAGAGUAUUGCUUCCUUUGCCAUGGUCGAUAAGAAUGAAGAUUGCAUAUGGUGCUGCAAAAGGACUUGCUUUUCUUCAUGAAGCUGAGAAGCCCGUCAUUUAUCGCGAUUUCAAGACCUCUAACAUUCUGCUGGACCAGGAUUAUAAUGCAAAGCUCUCUGACUUUGGUCUUGCGAAAGACGGUCCAGAAGGUGACAACUCUCAUGUUUCUACGCGAAUAAUGGGGACUUAUGGUUAUGCUGCACCGGAGUAUAUCAUGACAGGCCACCUAACGCCCCGAAGUGAUGUUUACAGCUACGGAGUUGUUCUUCUUGAACUUUUGACAGGAAGGAAAUCGUUAGACAAGUUGCGGCCAGCUCGAGAACAAAACUUGACAGAUUGGGCUCUACCCUUGCUUAAAGAGAAGAAGAAGGUGCUUAGCAUUAUAGAUCCAAGACUAGAAGAUUAUCCCACUAAAGGAGUUCACAAGGCAGCCAUGUUAGCUUAUCACUGCUUGAACAAGAACCCGAAGGCGAGGCCUCUAAUGAGAGACGUAGUAGACUCAUUGGAGCCUCUGCAGAACACCAGUGACAUUUAUGAUGACAAAGGUACCAUAACUGUGAUCACUGCUCCUCAGGCACCAGUGAAAGAAGAUAAAAAAGUGUACUAAUUUGCUACUGAUUUGUUCCCAAUAAGUUUCUUCUUCUCCUUGUAAUUUUUGAAGUAGAUAAAAAAAAGGUUUCCUUGUGUGUGUAUCUGAAUAGAGUUUUGGGUUCUUUUUCUUUUACCAUCUUUCUUUGUAAAGAUCAUUAUAAAAGCAUAUGUUUCCAUUGUAGAGUACGAAAA